AUGGAUGUGACCGAGGGCGUAAAUGGGCUUCCAAAAAGCGGCGAUUUAUGGCUUCUAGUUGGGUAUAUUGUUGAUCAGUGUGGGUGCAAAUCCGCGGUGCACGAGCGGUCGAGAGCAGCCCAAACGCCUUCUUCCACUUUCGGCCUUCAUGGCCCUCAAAGAUCGACUCUGCGUGUUAUUUUCGUCUCUCUAAAUUUUCGCGGGGCAGAUCAAACUGGAGUUGUGAUGACAAGUGACACCAAUCCUGGCAAAACGAUAUCAACCCCAAGCAACUUGUAUCAGAAUUGA